CUAUCUAACACCAAAACUCUUCGAGGAACCCCGAUAGAUCAAUAGCAAUCAUGUCGGACGGAGAAGACGAUACCAAGUCCCAGGUUUCCGCGGCCGCCGAGGUCGAAGUCAGCGCCGAUGCCGCCACCGGCUCCGGGCAGAUGUCCGUCCUUGAGGCUCUCAAGGGCGUGCUGAAGCUCGCGCUCAUCCACGACGGUCUUGCCCGCGGUCUGCGCGAGGCCUCCAAGGCCCUCGACCGCCGUCAGGCUCACAUGUGCGUCCUCAACGAGGCGUGCGAGGAGGAGGCCUACAAGAAGCUCGUUGUUGCGCUCUGCUCCGAGCACAAGAUCCCUCUCAUCAAGGUCCCCGAUGGCAAGCAGCUCGGCGAGUGGGCCGGUCUCUGCCAGAUUGACCGUGAGGGUAACCCCCGCAAGGUCGUCAACUGCUCGUGCGUUGUCGUCAAGGACUGGGGUGAGGAGUCGCAGGAGCGAUCCAUCCUCCUCAACUACUUCCAGACCGAGCAGUAAACGUGUCGCACUCAGUGUAUGACGCCUUACUACAUCCCGCCGUGUCGACGACCGCUUCUCGAGAACCAUUUGUGCACAUCUUAGAUGAUGAGGGGCGAGUGUGGAGGGAGAUGGGAGACCGUGUGACGGGUUGCAAAGGAAGAUAGCCCGCCUCGAGGCUACGGCUUCGAUAAGGAAUGGACUGUUGAAACCAA